AUGUCUUCCAAAACUAUAAACGAGCGUGAUAACGACGAUGUUGUUCAAGAGAAAAUAUUCCUACAUGAUAACGUGUUUUGUUUCUAUUCAAGCGCGCUGUACGGCGACAACCAAACAAGCAGCAGCAACAACAUUCUCAACUCCAACGACAACAUAAAAAACUUUUUCAAAUGUUCGUCAACAAACAGAUGCAUCAACAUGAGUUUGGUGUGUGACGGGGUUGAACACUGUGGAGAUGGAAGUGAUGAAAGCUUGGUGCAUGCGAGAUGUUACGAUUUCUACAAACUGCACAGUGAGAGCAGUUGGUACGUUGAGUUGUUGAUGGUCGUGUUGGGCUGCUUCGUUGUUGUUGCCGUCGUGUGCUGUGUUGUCGGCACCUGUCUCGAAUGCUGCUUCCACGUUUACAGGUAUUGGUGUCCUAAAAAACUUCAGAGUUGUCUUCAAAGACGAAAAACAUCUCCCGUCAACAACAAUACCAACAACAACAUCAAUAACAUCAAUCGAAAUACGAAUCAAGCAGUAUAUUUAUCAAACUGUCCGUCCGUUCAUAGCAACAACAACAACAACAACAUCAAUUACAACAACAACAUCAUCAACAACAACAAUAACUUCAGUCAAGCAAAUGGUUUUUUUAUAAGAGCCAAUGAAUCUGUGCCAAAUUAUGUUGCCAACAACAACAACAACAUUAACAAUAAUAAUAAUAAUAACUAUGAUAAUAAUAAUAGCAAUAAUAACAGAGACAGCGAUUGUGACAACCUGAAAUUUUGCUCAACAACAAAUGAAACGUCGUCGUCGUCAUUAAUUUUCUUUUCGUCAUCUUUAUCACGUGAGGAACAUGAAAGGGGAGGCAGAGUUGAGAGGACGAUAAUACGUGCUUCAUUUGAAGGCCACUUUUUCGAAUUCUUCCUCAUUUCGUCAUCCCCAUCAUCAUCAUGUUCAUCAUCAGUUCAACCGGAGCAUCAGCAACAUCUGUUUGUUCUGCAACAUCAAACUCAACAACAACAACAUCAGCAGCAACUUCAGAAAAAUCGCACUAAACAACAACAGCUGCAGCAGCAGCAGCAUGGAUAUUGCAGCUUUCCGACCUACCUUUGGAAAUCUUCGUUGGAGACUGAUAAAAACCAAUUACAACAUCACCUUCACCACCAACAACACCAACGACAACAUCAACAACAACAUCAACGCACAUGGUCCACAAAACCUGUGUACGAUGUCUACUCUGAUGUGAACAUGCAAAAGUGGACAGCGGUGGUCAAACGUUCCUCCAUAAUCAUGACUCUCCACACUUCAAACCCAUGCCUUGCUGCUGCUUAUUCUAAUCUCAAUCUACAAGGGCACUACAUUCAGCAACACCAACAACAUCAACAACAUCAACAACAACGACAAAAACAACACUAUAAACGAAAUCAACAACAAAUGCUAAAAAGUUUUACGAAAAUAAUUCAUAAAAAGUCCUCGUUACGAAGCGAAGUAAGUAUGAAGCAACAUGAAAAUAUUGACAUCAACAACAACAGCAACAACAACAACACCAACAACAUCAACAACAACAACAUCAACAACAACAACAUCAACAACAACAAACGUCCAUGCACGGAGAAACGGUUGAGUGAACAGUUCACAUGCCUCUCUCAAGAAGUUCAACAAAAGUUCAGAGUUCAAAUUGGUUCAAAGUUCAGCUGCCUGAAGUUCAAAAAAAUCACUCGUGACGUCAUCAGGGUUGUGCAAGGACCAUUAGACACUGUGAACAAGGAAAGCUUGUGCUAUGAUGAAAAUAUGAAAGAUCUGCCGUUCCUAUGGAUUGGUUUGUAUUCGUUUGUGCUGGAUGGGAUGCACGCAUUUAUGACUUAG